UCAUCAACAAGGCCGAAGAUCCAAGCCAACCUAAUGCAAAUGUAGACCCUGAAAUUCAGGACAGUGCAAGAGAAGACAGAAAUGAACUUCCCCCAGGGGCCAAGGAUGUUGAACUUCAAAGCAAAACAGAAGAGGCAAAAAGGUGUAGUACUACUCCAGAACCAACCAACCAGCCCUCUCCAGCUCCUGCUAAAGCAUCUGAAGAUGCUGUCAUCAAGGAGGCCAGAGACUCAACAUGUGAAGAUCCAAACCAGCUUCAUGCAGAUGUAGACACUGGAGUUCAAGAUAGUACAAGAGAAGACAAAAACAAACGUCCUCCAGUCCCCAUGGAUGUAAAACUUCAAAGCAAAACUACAGAGACGAGUAAGCCCACUAUUCCAGAAGAGACUAGUCAGCCCUCCCCAGCUGCUGCAACACCUGAAGAUGCUACUAAUGACGACACCGGAUUUCACAACCUUACAAGAGCAGAUGGAAACCAUCCCCCAGGCCCCAAGAAUGUUGAACAUGAAAGCAAAACUAAAGAGAAAAAUAAGACUAGUGCUCCAGAGAUGAACAACCAGCCUCUCCCAGCUGCAGCACAAACACCUGCAGAUACUACUAACAAGGACACUGGAGUUUACGACGCCACAACAAGCCGAAACAAACAUCCCCCAGGCCCCAAGAAUGCUAAAAAUAUGAUGAGGAUGGAGAAAUUCUUCACUUUUGUGGCUGGGAAUACUCUGGGGUCUCAUGUGGAAUUCCAUCAUCGUCUCACCACACAAAGAGGUCUGACUGAGGUGAUGUCACCAGAGCAGAGUGAUGUCAUCUUGUCUUUCUGUCCCAUCAUCUCUCGUGCUGGGACUGAUAUUGAAGCAGCACUGCAGCAGAUUCCAGCUGGUAAACCUGUCAUUCUGGUAGUGCUGCAUCACACCUUCGAUCCAGACUACACUGUACCUGACAGUAGCAGACUAGUGACCAGAGGUGAUGUAAUACUCACAGUGGACUGUCUCUUCCAUGAGAGCAAAGGACUACUGAACUGUCCACGCAAUGAAGAAGCAAUUAGAAAGAUUCUGGACAGGCCAGAAAUACGGCCAAAGACAAGUAAGCCUGCUGCUCCAGAGAAGACCAGACAGAUCCCGCCCGCUGCUUCACAUCCACCUGAAGAUGCUGUUAACGAUGCUAACAUCAACACUGGAGUUGACAAACGCCCUCCAGGUCCCAAGAACUCUGCAAUUACAAGCCAACCUAAACAGGUUGGCAUAAAGGCUCCAUCUAUGACUGUUUUCUUCUAG